UGUAGAGUCACUGUGGCUUGCUCAAGACUCUCUGGAACGAAGACACCGCUCUAAGGUAAAUAUGAAGUUGAUCAACUCUACUGAUGACCUGAUCAAUACUUCUACUUUAGUAAGAAAUAGCACUCACUUUUCAGCUUCUGCCUCAGACAUGAUUAUUGCCCUUUCUUUGUUCAUGUCAUUUAUAGUCGGUACCAUCACCAACGGCCUCUAUCUAUGGGUGCUAAAAUUCAAGAUGAAAAAGACAGUCAAUACUCUCUUGUUUUUUCAUCUCAUUUUCUCAUAUUUUAUUUCGAUAUUGACUCUGCCAUUUUUGGGCAUCUACUAUCUUCAGGACCAUUACUGGAUCUUUGGAACAGCAUUGUGUAAGGUCUUCAAUAGCACUUUGUCUCUGGGGAUGUUCGCCUCUGUUUUCUUCCUCUCUGCCAUCAGUCUGGAUCGUUAUCUUCUCACUCUUCACCCAGUGUGGUCCCAGAAGCACCGAAACCCACGCUUGGCUUCCAACAUUAUCCUGGGAGUCUGGAUAUCUGCUACUGCCCUCAGCUCACCCUAUUUGGUUUUCAGGGAGACACAUCAUGACCAUAAUGGAAAGGUGACCUGCAGAAAUAACUAUGCUGUGUCAGCUAACUGGGAAAGUGAAGAGAUACAAACUUUAAGGCGACGGAUUCAUGCAACCUGUUUCAUCAGCCGCUUCUUGCUGGGCUUCCUUCUACCUUUCUUCAUUAUCAUCUUUUGUUACAAAAGAGUAGCCAGUAAGAUGAAAGAGAGGAGCCUGUUUAAAUCCAGAAAGCCCUUCAAAGUCAUGAUGACUGCUAUUAUCUCUUUCUUUGUGUGUUGGAUGCCCUACCAUAUACACCAGGGCUUAACUCUCACUACGAACCAGUCACUCCUUUUAGACUUGAGUCUGGUAGUUACAGUGGUAACCAGUUCUUUCAACAGUGUCUUUUCUCCCACACUCUACCUAUUUAUUGGGGAGAAUUUCAAAAAGGUUUUCAAGAAGUCCAUUUUUGCUCUGUUUGAGUCAGCAUUCAGUGAUGAUUCUUCUGCAGGAAAGACGCAAAACCUAAAUUCGCAAGUUGAAAUUUAAAUUCUAGAUACUUAAACAUGGACUCUGUGACUUAUACCACUAGAGCUAUACCCUCUGCCUUUAUAUACUACACUCCCUAUAUUAGAGAAACAUUAGGUGACAUUAGGUUGUACGAUAGUUAGAUCUAUGAAUAUUAAAAGAUCUCCAAGGAAACAGGAAAUAGGUCAUGUUGCAAAUGUGAGUUGAAACGUUUUUAAUUGUGGUAAAAUAUAUGUAACAUAAGAUUUGCCAUUUUCACCAUCUCAUUUGUAUUAGUUAUAUUCACAAUAAUGUACAACCAUCAUCACUAUUUCCAAAAUUUUUCAUCCCUCAAGAAAAACUCUGUACCCAUUAAUUAAGAGCUCUCCAUUUCCUCAGCCCCAGUCCCUAAUACCUGCCAGUCUGCUCUCUAUGAAUUUACCUAUUCUAGAUAUUCUUUAUAAGUAAAAUCACAUA